UCGCCAUGAUCGUUUUUAUCAAGAGUUUAGCAAAUGUUUUCACUAACCUUUUCUAUGGAGCUCCAGCAGUGCCCGACCCCGAGGAUUUACGUGCUACUCCUGUGCGCGAGCGCGAACUCGCGGACUUUUACGAGGGCGUUCCUGGCGAGGUCCUGCACGGAUACAAGCUCCAGGUCAAGCUCGGGGGCGGGGCACACUCAACCACUUGGCUCACCAGCAGCACCAACAGGCGGGGCUCGACGCAAUACCGUGCGGCCAAACUCUUGUCUCGGGAUGCCACCCAGGAGGUCCACAGAGGCAUCAUGCUAGAAGUGGAAGCAAUGAAGAAGCUCCGCGAGCAUGGCGAUUUUCCAGGGCUACCGAUGCUCCACGAUGACUUCGAGUUCCUUGGUGGUGCACACAUCUGUCUGGUCAUGAAUGUCCUAGGCUCCGACAUAGGGUCUUUCCGCCGCUCUGCAGACAACAAGGCGCUCCCCUUGAACGUCGUGCGCACCAUCAUGCGGCAAGUCACCGCUGCGACAGCGUACCUCCAUAAGUGUGGGAUCGUGCACACAGACAUAAAGCCUGACAACAUCUUAUUCCAUACGUCGAUGGGCGCCCAGGAGAUUGACAGCUGGCUUUCCAACGUUGGCGAUGAAACCGAGGUGCAUCCCUUGCCCAAUAAUUGGGCCACUGACUGUGGCCCAGAGGAAGCCGAGAAAAUCAAAGUUUCUCUUGUGGAUUUAGGCCAGUGCCAGUGGGUCGGGCAAACCCCGACCGUACAACAGUUUAGUGCAUAUUCCCUUCGGGCACCCGAAGUCAUCCUACAGUGUGACAUCGGGCCUGGAAUCGACAUUUGGGCUAUAGGCUGUGUCGUCUUUGAAAUGCUCGUUGGCCGGUGGCUGUUCCAUCCCAUUGCUGGGGACGAAGACUGGACCCUCGAAGAUGAUCACCUCGCGAAGAUGAUGGAGCUGACCGGCGAGCAAUUCAGUGCGCGCAUGCUUGCGCGCUCACGUCUGCGCGAACAGUAUUUUGACGAUCAGGGGAACCUCCUCAGAGUGGAGGAGCUGUAUCCCGUCGCGAUCGAAGACGCGAUGGCCAACUACAAAAUUUUACCUCAAGAGGAAGUUGGACCGGCCGCGAACUUCGUCCGCCACUGCUGCCGCCUUGACCCUGAGGAUCGACCUACAGCAGAAACACUGGUAAACCAUCCUUGGUUUUCUACGGGGCCCCCUUAGGCGGGUUUGGUACUCCUCGCUUGCGCUGGACACUUUUUCUACUGAACACGCUGAGCCGUGCACUUCUGAGGGUGACAUCUGGCGUGGUCCGUGCUCAUCUCCGCUUCGUGUCCGUCCCUCGUCUGGUUCAUCCACUCCUAUGGGUCCCGGCGGGGACUUAAAUUCGGCCGCAAGAUGGGGCUCGCAUACGUAUUGGUGUCCGAAAUAUGUUUGCAUCAUAUGCAAUUCCCUGUCGCUCUUUUCCCUUUCGCUUGUUCAAGUUUCGCUGCUUCGUCGUUUUCCUUAUGCGUGCCGUGCUUUGGCCUCCAGAUUUCUAGAUGGAGACAAUCCGGCGCUAUUCGAUGGGUCUUCCGCCCGAUGGACCCUCGCGCGAGCUCUACGUGUAUUGCUCCUCCUUUUUUUUCACUCCUCUCAAUCACCCGGAUAGCUCAUCGAUGUUAACCUGCUCUCGUUUCAUCAUUCUCGUUCCAUUGCUAGACUAAUUCUCCGCAGAAGUCAAUUAAGCGAUUCGACCCUGGUGGUUUGUUGCGGCUCGGAUGGUAGCAUUCAUCAUCGUUAUGCUAUGCUCCUUGGUAUGGGUGUCGUCCAUUCACUCGGACUUCUCUAUCCUCCCCAUUCAUUUUUUGGUUGAAUGUACCUUGCCAGUGUUUUCGUCUAUAGACAUGAGAUAAAUAGCGUCGUGGUUCCCUUUCAGUUCUUAUAGCCCCAUCCGCCUUGGCGCCUCUUUCUUUCUCGCUAUCUUCCCCCGUUAUUCUGAUUGGCUCGACAUUAAGUUGUAUGCUUAUUGAUUGAUGUACUAUAGCGUUGAUUUGAAA